GAGUACUGCCAAGCCUUAAAUUCUGGAGGCGCUCGAGCGUAAAGUUGUGAGUAUUACCUGUCAAGGGAUUUGCUGUUUGAGGUGCUGUGGCGCCGGGGCAAAGAGAGGAGCCAAAGGCAGCCGGAUUUCCAGAGAGAAACUCAGCUGCUGGGGGAUAAGAGGGAAGGACUUUUCUUGGCUUGCAUGAUCGAUUACGCUCCGGUUAUCUAAAGCAGACAAUGAUUGAGAGUUUGUGACUUACAGGCAGCUCGUGCAGCACACAGGAGUUACGAGGAGGAUCUCGCGGAGGUCUGUGCGGGUCGCCAUAGUCCCAGGCAACCCGGAGAGACACGAGAAAGGUGACGGAGGUGUGAGCAGCCCAGCGAAGGAGGCGCCGGUGGGAAGAACCAACCUGUGCAGGGCUUGAAGCUGGUUACAAAAUCCCCUAUUAGUGGUAUAAACAGCAGGUGAAACGUCGGGAAUUCUUGGGACCGGGGAGAGCAAAGUUAGGACAGUAGCGCUGCAUGAAUCUGUGGCGGGUCUGUGUCUUUGUCAGGCCGGGACGAUCGCCACGAGCGGUGUGACAGCGCCAGAAGAGAUGCUGGGGAGCGUGAGGUGAGCGCUGCACGAGGACAGCCAAAUAAGGCGGAGCUCUGUAGCAGAGAGAGGGGGCUGAAAAAGCACAAAAAAAGAUAAAACCCACGUCCGGCGUGGGAGAACGAAGAGGAAGCGGUUGCUGGUGACUCCUCGCAGCGCAACAACGGGGGGAGAGCGGGGAGAAGCUGGGUGCCCCCUAUGGCAGCGUGCAGCUCGGCAGAGAGACGCCGUGCCGGAGGGCGUUGCGUGUGGCAAAAACCGCACGGGUUCAGGAAGCAGCGAGACAAAUGAAGGGGGGAAAAAAGUCUGUGAAGGGCUAUUAGGGCGAUUAAAGAUAAUGACUACACCUCUGCCUCAGAGCUGCGCGUUGAUUAAAAAGCAGCAACAAGAUGUUUUAGGGUUCCUGGAGGCCAACAAAAUUGAAUUUGAGGAAAAGGACAUCGCCGCCAACGAGGAGAAUCGGAAAUGGAUGCGGGAGAACGUCCCAGAGGACAGCCGGCCCGCCAGCGGCAACCCGCUGCCGCCGCGGCUCUUCAACGACAGCCGGUACCUCGGGGAUUACGAAGCCUUCUUCGAAGCUCGAGAGAAUAACGCGGUGUAUGCGUUUUUAGGCUUGACUGCGCCACCUGGUUCGAAGGAAGCUGAAGCGCUGGCAAAGCAGCAAGCAUGAAUUUCAACUGCCUUAAAUGUUCUGUAAAGGGAAUUUCCACAGCUUUUUAUAAAAUAGUAAAAUUGUCUCUGCUUCAAGAAAUAUAGAUGUGAUUUCUAACAUUUGAUUGGUGCUUGCAGCAUUCACCGUAUAUAAUGCAAAUCUGAACACGAUACGAAAAUGUGAACGUAAAGGUAGAAAGCACAGGGUGUAUUAUUACUGAGUUGUACGCAUAGGAAACUGAAGCAAUCGGACACGAAUGACUUUCACGUAGUUUAAAUUGUCUUGGCAAUUCGUCUAUUUUGUGUAAACUCCAAAAAACCAUCGUUGUACUAAUAAUGCAGAUGUGGUUAUACCUAGGGAUCCAGCUGUGUAAAAUACGGGAAAAAAAGCACCAGUAGCUCACACCCGGUCAGAUACUAGCUUAGUGCCUGAGUUGCCUCAAAAACGUUACGGAAAUACACCGUGAUUUUCAGCCUCUUUAGAUUCUGGUUUCGGAUGAAAUUGUAGGUGGUGUUGUGUAGUGUAACCAUUGCAGUCACUUUUGGAAGUUACGUUUGUUCUUUUGUAGGAUGGGUAUUUAAGAUUUGUAUUGUAACACGCUGUACAGAUGAUAACAAAAAAAAAAUGCCAUGUAUUUCUCAUUUAAGUGAUCCACGUGGGCUCUUUUGACAAAGAAAAAGGGAUUUGGGCACUGGACGGCCUUUCCACUGGCAAGCUGAUCAGGAUAGCUAGCUGCCUGAGCAUGCCUUCAGUACAUGUCUGCGUGCAAGAGUCAGUGCACAUCGAAGAAGUGUGUCCUAAUUCCCAGGCAAUGUUGCAAAUAAGCCAAAAUGGCCAGAAAUGGCAUUUCCUUACCUGUGUAAGGGUGAGCGCCUUUAAUGUAUUUCUCUACAAAAAUACCAAUUCACACUGCUUAUAGUACUAGGCAUCUUAAUGCAUGCUCAAGUAGUCGGUAGAUUAAAAUAGUAUUUUUUCAAAUUAGUAAAGUUAAAUGGUUGAACGGCAAGAACUAUUGUAAUUAUCCAAGAUUUUUUUUAAGGUCUAACAACUUAUUUCCAUUGCUAUUGCCAUAUCAUGAGGCUGUUACAGGAGCCGCGAACCUAUUCAAGUGUCUUGUAUUGGUGAAUUUACCACGUGCAAUAUUAACCUGUCUGUCCUCCCAGUGCUCGCGAGGUAGCCUGGAUUUCUUGGCCGUGUUCUGCGAAAACACAAAUAAUUACAAGUGCCCUCGAGGAUAAGAAACAGGUUUUAAAAAUGUGUGGGUAAUUUAAAAUGCAUUAUGCACCACACAAUGUACUUAUCCCCCAAAAGCAUCAAAAUACAGUUAGAAAGGUAAUUAGUCCUUGCUGUAAUUGGAGGCUCCUUCUAAUUGCUCUGCACACACACAUUUUGGUUUUCUUUGCUUUAUGAAGGAAGAGAAACAGGUGGCACAGCUCAGCAGAAGGCUGCAGCGUAUCAUGACAACGCGGUUAAUUUACGCUUAUGCUGUACGAUGUACGCAGUGCUUCUUAAAGACGUUACAACCUGGUUCACAGUUCAGAGCUUUAAAGUCUGAAAUUAGGAGCAGGGUAAAAGUAAAAACUGGGGUUUACAAAGAUGGUCUAAAGUGCAGUAAUUAAAUACUUCCUUCGCAUUUCUUUGGGGCUUCUGUUCAUUCAGGGAAACUGCUCGUUUUGUCAACAGCCGUUAAAAGCGAGCUGCAGCUUCUUGCUUUGGUUGGAGCGCAGCUCUGCUUCUAGAGCGUUCGUGAGGAAACUCCCACAGAUGUCAGAGCGAUCGGGAUCAAGCGCAGAGCCAAGUUAGUUAAAAUCGUAUUUAUUUCACAUUUUAUCUGUUCUGAUUUGGGAGCCAGGGAGUUGGUUUGGAGCUUGUGCUUAAAAAAGCAAGCACGCCAUCAGAAUAUACAUGGAUAGAUUAAUGUUGCCUUACCUUCAAGAUUUACACACACAUUUGUGCUUUUUCAUUAACAGGCUUUAUCGGUGAUUAAUGAAUUUUUGUGAAACUUAUUUCUAAGAUCGUGUGGAAGUUGGGUUGCUUUUUAAGCCCGGUGUCUGAUUUUUGUUGUUCACUGUGAUUUCGCCUUUUUAAACCGAGGUGAUUUUUCUUUCUUAACCCUGGUGUAAUCUUUUUCUAUCUAAAUCAGUGGUCAAGUUUUUGAGAAAGUAUUUAAGAAUAAAUACUCUGUGAAAUCUUAUGAAGAAAGUGGAAUUUGACACGAGUCACUUAUACACCCAUGCUGAUUUGCUGUGUUUCCUGUGUAAAGAAAGUAAGUUUUGUGAACUACAGGCAUUAUUUUCAAGAAGCUGUAACUGAAAGUCGCUGCCAAAUUGUGUCAGCUCAGCGACCCAAAACAUGCUGAAACAAGGUCAGCCUCUGUUUCUGAUGGUCAAGAAAACUGCCAAGUUAAGAAAGCAAAGUCACUUCCCUCGUCGGGUCCCCCGUCCUUGCCAUAUGGUAGCGUUCAAACUGUAUCAGCAUUCCUAAGAAAGCUCUGUUGAGAAAGACUGAAUUAUUUCUUUGUCUGGGGAACAAGGCACCAACACAAACUGAAAAAUACCUAAAAUAUUUCUUUGUUGUGGGGCUGUGUGUAAAAUGUGCAUUAACUUUGAUGCGGAUACCUUGCUUGAAUUUAGGAGUGCUAGGAAUGUGUGGCCUAUCUGCUAUUUUUCUAGUUCAUAUACCUGUCUUAGGUUAAUGAUGGGCGCAAGAACUGAAUUUGUUCGUUUCUAUUUUUUUUCCUAUGUAGAUGGCCGGCAAUGAGGAUUUAACUUGUAAUAUUAACCAUUCCUGUAUCAUUCCAAUAAAAUUGUUUUAAAUGCUUUCUCACA